AUGAAGGAGAAAGUCGACUUUCCUACAUUUAUCGAAAUCGCGGAGAAGUUCCGUUCAAAGACCGACCCAAAAGAAGAAGUGCUCCUCGCAUUCGAAAAAGCCGACAAAACGAAGUCAGGGAUGAUGCCCGUAAGAGCUCUUCGCUCGCUCAUGCUCAACACAGGCGAAAAGAUGGCGGAAGGUGAGUUCAACGAGAUGAUGCGCGCACUUUGUAUCGAAUCAAGAGGAAAUAUUAAUUACAACACCAUUGUCAACGAAUUAUUUGAAGAGUUUCCUGCUGUCCCAUCAAUUGCAAUGGAAGUCUCAACUGGACAAACGAAACCGUCGGAGAAGUCAAAAGUAACUCAAAAAUCAGCUCAGCAAGAGCUCUACUCGCGUAACUUUCUCUCGCAGCCAUCUUCAUCUUCUGGCUCAUUUCUGGAAUCAUUUUAA